GUACACAAUCAGAGUGCUUAACAUUUUUAAGACAGCCAUCUCUUCCUAUUGCUACUGGUUCACACAUUUGUGUGGUUGUGAAGAUGUCUCCUCUUGUAUUGCUGCUGUGUCUUUUCUCUCUGGGAUCAGUGAAGGCUGGGAAGUUAUUGGUUAGUCCAGCAGAUGGCAGCCACUGGACGGGGAUGAAGCCUUUGGUUGAGGAGCUUGGGCGCAGAGGGAAUCUGGUGGUUGUUGUCAUUCCAGAAGCAAGUCUUAGCAUGGGUCCAUCAGAUCAUACCACUACUCUGACAUUUCCAGUACCCUACACCAAAGCAAAGCUGGAGGAGAUUGUAAAUACAGGCAUUAAUCGGCAAAUAAGUGUAGAUGUGUCUACAGAUCUUGCCAAAUUUAGAGUUUUUUUCAACAGUGUGGACAGGCUUAGCAUUCUCACAUCACGAAACCUUGAGAGUGUCUUGUUCAAUAAGGAUUUGAUGAAGAAACUUAAAGACUACAACUUUGACGCCAUCCUCACAGACCCUUUUGAUUCUACUGGAGUUAUUCUUGGCGAGUAUCUCUCAAUUCCAGCCAUUUACAUCCAAACAGGUCAUCCAUGUGGCGUUGACGCUCUUGCAAGUAAAUGCCCACUUCCAGGCUCUUACGUUCCACAACCUUGUACUCGUUUCUCUGACCGCAUGAGUUUUUGGCAAAGAAGUGUGAACCUGGUAAGGACCCUGGUGCAACCCAUGGCUUGUGGACGUAUGUAUGCUCAUGCAGAUGAGAUUGCUUCACGCUUACUUCAGAGAAAAACAUCAAUGGUUGAGAUCAUGAGCCGUGCUGCUCUCUGGUUUAUGAAAGGUGACUUUACCGUAGAAUUUCCACGCCCCUUGAUGCCUAACAUGAUCAUUGUUGGAGGAUUGGAUAGCAAGAAAGCCAAACCUCUGCCACAAGUAAGUCUUUAA